AGCUAGGUGCCAUGAUGGCGUUGUGGUGGUCCAUCGCUGUUUUAUUACUAGCAUGUCAGGAGAGGCAAACGAACUACUUGAGCGAGAAUUGACGUCUCUUGACCAAGUCAACUCUUCGCUCAUGCCUGACGGAAGACCUUUCGUCAAUCCUUUCUUUUCUUACAGAGGAGGUGUUCAGCUUUACAUGGCAAUACUUACUCAACCUGAUAUCCCGCCAUUCAAAGAGAAUGUACUGGACGAGGUGUUUCUUGACCUGGAGAGAACGCUGGGUGGUGGAGAGUGCUCCGCAGUGGAUGUAGUUGGAGUGAGUGGAAGACUGAGUGCCACUGUUUCGUUCACAGUGGACUGCUACACUGGGUACAGCGGAGACGACUGCAGCUGUAGAGGAGACAAGAUGUGUGAAUCCACUGGAGCUACUUUGAACUGUACAACAUCCACUGCAACUGAAUCCACCUCUACACCAUCUCCUAGUGGCUCUGAACCAAGCAUUGAACGACCAACGGUCGGUGCGUUAAACUCGACAGAGGCCAGCGAGACAUCCCUGCUGCUGCCAGUAGCAGCCGCCGGUGGAGGAGUGGUUGUGAUUCUAGGGGUCCUGAUACUAGUGGUGACUAUCAUCCUCGUGUACAGGCGAAGGCGAUACAGGAAGAUGUACCGACUCAAUCUCAGUGCUCUGACAGUAGAGUCCCCAAAGUUAACUCCCACCAUCCCACCAAAUGAUGUCGUGGAUAAUGAUGGAGUCACAUACUCUUCUGUUGUUCAUGAAAACAGCACUGGCCACCACAAUGAAGGGUACGGAGAGGAGAAGGUGGACCUGUCUAAACUACCAAAGGGUGUUCAAUAUGUCCAGGUGGACCAUGACAGAGCCACCUACAGCACAUUUAGGGCACCAGGACAUCAGAAACGCAAGCCUCCUCCACCAAACACACCCAUUCAGUACACCACUGUCAGGAUAGAACAGCCUCACAAGUAUGUUAAUGUUCCACGUCCCAAGCCGAGAAGGAACCUGCCACGAACAGAGCAGAAUCUUUACUCCACAGUUCCACCUGGCACUCGCAUAGCCCCCACCAAUCAGUAAUAGAAGACAGCAAUACGUACAAUACUUCACACUCACACGCAGCUGACUGUAGUAUCGUAGUAUAAUCACCUCAAUUAUCUCAAUGUGUGUUAAAUGAGUCACCAUGUGAUUUUUUUUACAGAAAGCAGGUCAUUAUGACAUUAUAAUAAUAGGGGUCUCUCUCUAGUCGAGGACUAUGGAGGGGAGGAACUGAUCCUGUUGCCAUGGCCUCUGUUGGGCCAGACGCAGCCUCAGACGGUGGGGGAUGUUGGCGGGCUUCACGCCGUAGGCGGUGAGUAUGAGAAGAAACGGGAGCUGGAGGCUCUGCGGGAUCUGGCUUAUGUCGGCAAACGUGUUCACACGGUCCUCGCUCCGGUUCUGCUGCUGGGUGUAGAACCUGUAGUAGGCCCUC